GUAAAUUAUAACUUUUUCUAUAUUACUUUUUCGUCUCUUUUAAUGUGUUAAUCAUUUCACUUGUAUGGAGACAUUAACGAGUUCCCUAUUAUAAUGAAAAGUAUUUUUAACUAUGCAAAUAUACUGUAUAGCUCAGCUGUCAACACAGUAAGGAAGUAAUACAAAAAUAGCAACAUUUCAACACACACAACAGCUGCGCCAUUUAAUUAAGCUCCCCACUUAUUUAUAAGUGGAUUUGCUAAUUUUUCAUUUCCUCUCAGGCCCAAGCAGCCUCACCAUUUCCCUCUUUUGCGAUUUUGCAUUUGUGUUCUGCUUCUUCUCAUCUUCACUUGGGUAUUUUGUUUCCCGCCUUCUUCUUUUAAACCAGCAGCUGAAGCAGCGCAGACAUACUGUACUUUCUUGGAGUGAAUUGGCAAGUUUUUUUUUUUUUCUGAACAGUCUGCGGUGCGCUUUAUCUCAUCCUUCUCUGUCUGCGUUAAACUUCUCAAUGGCAGGCAUGAGUGUUUGCUCCUUCUUCAACCUUAGCCUUUUUAUUCUGCUCUGCAUUCCAGAUGUCUCUGUUUCAAAACUGCGAAUCAUACAGUACCCCAGAAAUAUGGAGGUGCUGAAAGGUGACAGCAUCACUCUGCUUUGCUUCAUGCCAGAAGAACAACAUGUCCAAUUUGUGAGAUGGUACAGAUCUGAGGGAGAAACAAAGAGAUACAUCUACUCAGACAAGCCUAGUGGAACCGAGCAGAACCACCCCAGAGUGACCUGGGUGGAUAAAAAUAAAACAAUCAAUUUCAGCAUCAGAAUCACUAAUGUCACCAACGACGAAACUGGCACCUAUUACUGUGUGAACGAAGGUGAAGAACUUGACACGGGCACUCAGUCAGGAAAUGGGACUUUCCUGAACGUCAGAGGUUUAACAAUAUUACAGACAGCCAAGCCCCUGAAAAUACAAGAAGGAGAAGCCGUUACUUUGAACUGCUUUCUCUCCAAUACGUUCUUCACGGGACCACUGAAAUGGCACAAAGUGGAUGGGAAGCAACGGGAGCUUCUUAUAUCCGAGGACACCACAGAGAAGAAGACAUCUGCAUCACAGGUUUCCUGGGCAGAACAUAUUAAUCAGAGGGAUAAGUCCAUUAGAAUUACAAACGCUACCAUCAAUGACACGGGUGUUUAUUACUGUGAGAAGUACCGCAGCACAGGGGAGCUUAUAGCUGCGGGCAGUGGGAGCCAACUGAAUGUCAGUGGAAAUGUAUUCAUCACUGGACCCCUCAGACGAGUGAAGGCAGAUAGUUUUGUCACCUUAACUUGCCAAGUGAACAGCUUCAGUAUGCCAACCUUAAUAUGGCUGAAGGAUGGUCAACCCCUUUCCUCCUGAUCGUGUCACGACGAGCAGCAAUGGAAAUCUUCAUGUGAGUCGGCUGUCUUUGAAAAUCACUCAAGAAGAUAUUCAAUCCUCUGUGGAAUGUCAGAAGAAAGAAAAUGAAGAAGAACAAGAAAAAGAUUAUGAUGAUGAACCCUUGACUGCUGUGUUCAAGCUGAAUACAUUAAUCACAGUGAUGCCCCGGGUGAAAAUCACCACAACUCCUGGUCUCUCUAACAGCUCAUUACGCCAUUACUCUUGUGAAGUCACCGGCUUCUAUCCUGAAGAUAUCCACGUGUACUGGACCCUCAGGAACCACUCUGUGCCAUCUUGCUGUAAGAAGAAGUGGCACAAUGCAGAUGGCACCUUCAGCAAGAGCUGCCACGUUCAAGUGAGUCACAGUAGGCUGUCCGCAGGUGCAGUGCUGAAAUGUCAUGCCGGAUAUUGUCAGCGGUGUUGUGCGAAUAGCGUGGGUAAGGCCAUGACCUGCAAAAGAGGCCACAAAAUGAGCUACUGCCUUCCAGCAGUGAACGACGGCUUGACGGAGGUUCAGCCAGCCACUGUAAGAAAGACCUGCUGCCAUAGGAAUGCAUGAGGAGAUUCUGAUUGAGCUUCAUUGAUGGCCAAGAUUCUUAAUUUCAACAGCAAUUCAUUUCUUAUACAUUAGUAUCCAGAGCUCUUCAAGAUAAAAAAAAAAAAAAAAAAAAAAAAAACAACUUUCGGUAAAUGCUGUAAUAACAAGCUGUUAACACUGCGUAGGAUGAAAAAAAAAAAUCAGGAUAAUAUGUCAUAGGCUUUAUUUAGCAUGCUCCUUCCUCUUCCUGUUCAUUUUAGUGCAGCUGCCUUUGAAAAGUUCAGGUCAAGAAAUUAACCAAUGCUUUUUUAAAAUAUUAUAAAUUUCUUUUAUUGAAGCUUAAAAGAAACAGAACAAGUGUCUGUG